AAUUGAGCUAUAAAGUUAGCUAGGGAGCCAUGGUGAAGGCGUCGAUGGUGUGCUAUCUCAAGCUGCUGCUCCUCCUCGCUCUCGGCGGGGUCACCAUGCACGUGCCGGACGCCGACGUGCUCGCGCCGCUGGGGCCGGGGGCGCUGCGCCUCCAUGGCCACCUCAGCUUCCACGACGUGGCCGCCGUGGCCCGGGACUUCGGCAACCGCUGCAGCCUGCUGCCGGCCGCCGUGCUCCACCCCGGCUCUGUGUCCGACAUCGCCGCGGCCGUGCAGCGCGUGUUCCAGCUCGGCGAGCGCUCGCCGCUAACCGUGGCUGCACGCGGCCACGGCCACUCGCUCCUCGGCCAGUCCCAGACCGCCGGUGGGAUCGUCGUCAAGAUGGAGUCCCUCGGCGGCGACGCUAGGAUGCAGGUGCACAACGGCGAUGGUGCCGCCACACCUUACGUGGACGCCCCCGGAGGAGAGCUCUGGAUCAACGUGCUGCAUGAGACUCUCAAGCACGGGCUGGCGCCCAGGUCGUGGACCGACUACCUCCACCUCACUGUCGGCGGCACGCUGUCGAAUGCUGGGGUCAGCGGCCAGGCGUUCCGGCAUGGGCCGCAGAUCAGCAAUGUCAACCAGCUGGAGAUUGUGACAGGAAGAGGAGAUGUCGUCACCUGCUCGCCCGAGGAGAACUCUGACCUCUUCUACGGCGCUCUCGGCGGCCUGGGCCAGUUCGGCAUCAUCACCAGAGCCAGGAUUGCUCUCCAGCCUGCACCAAAGAUGGUGAGGUGGAUACGGGUGCUCUACUCGGACUUCGCGAGCUUCACCGAGGACCAGGAGGCGCUCAUCUCAGCGGAGAAGACCUUCGACUACAUCGAAGGGUUCGUGACCAUCAACAGGACGGGCAUCCUCAACAACUGGAGGACAUCCUUCAAGCCGCAGGACCCAGUCCAGGCGAGCCACUUCCAGUCGGACGGAAGAGUGCUAUACUGCCUAGAGAUGACCAAGAACUUCAACGAUGAUGAGGCCGACAUCAUGGAACAGGAAGUUGGUGUGCUGCUGUCCCGGUUAAGAUACAUACAGUCGACUCUUUUCCACACCGAUGUCACCUACCUGGAUUUCCUGGACAGGGUGCACUCCUCCGAGCUGAAGCUCAGGGCUCAGGGCCUCUGGGAAGUUCCACACCCAUGGCUGAACCUUCUAAUCCCAAGAAGCACAAUCCACAAGUUUGCGAGCGAAGUCUUCGGCAAGAUCCUGAAAGACAGCAACAAUGGCCCCAUACUUCUUUACCCAGUGAACAGAUCAAAGUAA